UGAAGAUGUUGGUGAAUGGCUCUGCUGGUUUAAAGCGAUCUUUUGGAUUGGAAGACGAAGCACCAAAUGGCUUCUUAUCAAAUCAAAAAAGACACCAAGAGGGAAGAAUCACAAGCUCAAUUCAUCGUGAGUAUUAAUACAAUUUGUUUCUACAACCACAUGGAAUACAUAUUAACUAAUCAUAAAAAGAACAGACCGUUCAAAUGAUGAUGAAGGCUCAACUCCACAUCCAAAACAAUACCCAGGAUAAUUUUCAAGCUCAAGAGGAAUGGUCUUCCAACGAAGAAGCUGUUGGAAAAGAAAAAUCACCACAAAAGCCUUACUGGCCCCAGAUAAUUAAAAGAUGUGAAAGAAAAUGAUUUAAAGGGCAUGAUAUUUUGAAGGCCAACCAACAGAUUAAACUCAGACUGGUGGGAAUCACACUCUGGUUAGAUUUGAAAACUGAAAGUGGACUGUCUAUGAAGCUGAACUUGAGGAUUUGUCCUUGCUUAUAAAGAAAGCAUUACUAGCAGUUAGAACGUCGUUUUUUUAUCUGAAACGCAACAUGGAAGACUCAAAUAAACAAAUAUUUCGGGAAUCAUAAAAACUCUAUAGGAUAAAAAGAACUUCUCAAGUAUGUCUAAUAUAUAGUCAAAAAAACCCCAAAACUCAAGUGGUUCAUGGUGCACCACACAAAAAGCAUUCAUUGAUUAGGGAAAGUCUAAUAAAUGAAUAGCGAAACUCUUCCUGAGCCCGUAACGAUUACAACACUCUUAUAAUUUCUCAAUUACUUCACCAAUACGAAUAAACCAG